UCCAGUCCAACCACUUUUGACGCUGCACCCAGUAAUUAUCACAGAAUUUAGAGACCCACCCAAAGAGCAGACAACAUCGGGGGGUAUUUUCGCUUGUCCUACGACAGUAUUUACAGUUCUUAUUCAAGAAAAGUCGUCGUGGAGAUAUAAAAGACGGUGUUUUAGGAAAGGGGUCGAGCAUGACCGUAGGACGAUGCCCAGGGAAGCCCGGACGGCUGGGUUGGCGGUCCUGUGUGGGCCUGAUCCUGACGGUGUUGUGGAUUUCAGGUUCCAGUUGUUUUGAGGCCUCCGUGGUGGAAGACUUUGUAGCGCAUCGGUUGGAGAACCUGAGGGUCAAGAGAGCGAUUCAGAAUGUCCGUGUUGGUCUAGAGUUCGUCAUGGCGCAGUACUCCUCUAACGCGGUCAGGUACAGCUUCCUGAACGCUACCAACGUGGCGAACGGCUUCACUACCCUCACCCCGCUCAUCGGCCAGGGCGUUAUCGGGGGUGAGAGUUAUCACGUGUCCAUCGUGAUUUUGGAGACGUUUUCUGGCGACCUUUACUCACCGGACUCAGCCGCCUAUACGGACCUGAAAACGCGCACUGAGGCAGCGUGGUUAUACUUGGUGACAAUAGUACGUAAAUGA